AUGUCACCUCAAGCACCCCAAGACGACCGUUCUAGUGAAGCUGGUCCUGGGUGUCUGGCCUGCCGAUAUGCGCAACGCGCUCUGGUGGCGUUAUGCGACAACAUCUGGGCUCUGGAGAGACUGUGUGACUUCGAGGGAUACCAUCCUACAAUGUUUCCCGGGGCCAAAGCUACACCUGAUCCGAGAAAGACACACCCGAACCUGACUCUCAGGAUUUCCGACUGGAGGACGGCAGCGCGUCAGCCUUGCCGUCUCCAGACCUACUGUGACCGCGUGAGACUCGGUGAUUUUCCCUUGCUCGACAUAUUUUUGAUCGGCAAAGUACCCGAACUACAUAUAAAAGAUAUUGCCGGAUGGUUGGAAUGGGAGCAGGAAUUUGACUUCAAAAGCCUUGAAAACCUGUGA